UUGUCUGAAGGAGAUUUUGGACACAACACCGCAAACUUCGGAAAUGAACCUUUUUUCCUCUCAUAGCAUCACCGCGUGGCGCUUUCAGCUUUGCAUUGGUGUCAGCCCGCCCUUCACCAUAAGCAGCAGAGAAACGAGUCAAAUUUCCAGCUGUCCCCGUCCUUUUUUAUCUUUUUUUUAACCCUUUAUUCAUAUUUUUAUCGUAUUUUCUGAAAAUUACAUUCUGGAAAGUUCAUUGGCGGCUCCACCGUCCAACACUUUGCAGUGCAGUUUGGUAAAAAUUUCCUUCCUUUUUAUUUAUUAUCAUCUUUGUUUGUUUGUCUAAUCGUAAAGCAGAAUCUACACCGACCUUCUUUCUUUCUUCCAUUAUUAGUCGUCUGUCUCUUCACUCUCUGCCUCCUUGUUUUCAUCUGCACGCCUUCUCUGUUCUGCUGUGACUUCUCCAUCCUCAUCGAGCAAAACUCCCAAGUGUUACCAUAAAGAAUGGCAGAGACCGAUGACAUUCAGCCUCUUGUCUGUGAUAAUGGAACUGGAAUGGUUAAGGCUGGAUUUGCCGGAGAUGAUGCUCCAAGGGCUGUCUUCCCCAGUAUUGUUGGUCGACCUAGACACACAGGUGUUAUGGUGGGGAUGGGACAGAAAGAUGCCUAUGUUGGAGAUGAGGCCCAGUCCAAAAGAGGUAUUCUCACACUAAAAUACCCUAUUGAACAUGGGAUUGUUAGCAACUGGGAUGACAUGGAAAAGAUCUGGCAUCAUACUUUCUACAAUGAGCUUCGUGUGGCUCCUGAAGAACAUCCUGUGCUUCUUACUGAGGCACCCCUGAAUCCUAAGGCAAACAGGGAAAAGAUGACUCAGAUCAUGUUUGAGACCUUCAAUGUCCCUGCUAUGUAUGUUGCCAUUCAAGCAGUUCUCUCCCUCUAUGCUAGUGGGCGUACUACAGGUAUUGUGCUGGACUCUGGUGAUGGAGUCAGUCACACAGUUCCCAUCUACGAAGGUUAUGCGCUUCCGCAUGCCAUCCUCCGGCUUGACCUCGCUGGAAGAGAUUUAACAGAUGCCUUAAUGAAGAUCCUGACUGAGAGAGGGUACACUUUUACUACAACUGCUGAACGGGAAAUUGUACGUGAUAUUAAGGAGAAACUUGCCUAUGUGGCACUUGAUUAUGAACAGGAACUUGAAACUGCUAAAACCAGCUCAUCAAUUGAGAAGAGCUAUGAGCUACCUGAUGGUCAGGUAAUUACGAUUGGAGCAGAGCGAUUCCGUUGCCCCGAGGUCCUAUUUCAACCAUCAUUUAUUGGAAUGGAGUCUCCUGGAAUUCAUGAGACCACUUACAACUCAAUUAUGAAGUGUGAUGUUGACAUCAGAAAGGACUUGUAUGGUAACAUAGUGCUGAGUGGAGGGUCCACCAUGUUCCCAGGAAUUGCUGAUCGAAUGAGCAAGGAGAUCACAGCCCUUGCACCAAGCAGCGUGAAGAUUAAGGUGGUAGCACCUCCAGAGAGAAAAUACAGUGUCUGGAUUGGAGGGUCUAUAUUAGCUUCACUGAGCACAUUCCAGCAGAUGUGGAUAUCUAAGUCAGAGUACGAUGAAUCAGGGCCAUCCAUCGUUCACAGAAAGUGCUUCUAGACAUGUGAUUGUAUUGUCUCUUCCCCUUGGACUCUGUGGUUUUGGAUUGUUUGUCAGAUGUUUUAGUGGUGUGAGCUUGGUCUGUUUGUCAUCUUGCUUCAGUUCUCUAUUUGCCGUGUCAUAUGUAUACUUGAUAGUAGCAACACUAGUUCUUGAAUCAAAUCAGUAUUGUAGUUGUUCUGUACACAUUGUUUAUGUGGUUUUCUCGGUGGUUGAAAUAAAUAGAAUAUAAUAGCGAGUAAUGUUGUUGUUUUGGCUGCUGUAAUUUAUCAAUAUCGUAUUUUUGGUUGGGAAA